CUUUCCCCCACUUUGCCCCCCCCCACUUCUGACCGGGGGGAGGCCUCACCUCUGGGGUCUCCAGGCCUCGCCCCUCUGCCCCAGCUGGACUUUGCCAGCAGUGUGACUUGGAAGCCAGGUUGAACUUUCCCCCCAGGUCAGCCGGCUGGGGCAGGGCUGGACGCCCGGAAGCAACCGGCCCCACCUUGAACCGGGCUCUCCUCCUCCUCCGGCAACGGCGGCUUCUCCUCCACCCGGAACCCGGCCCUACGGCACCUAAGGAGCACUGGGGACGCCUGGACUCUGGGUCCGUGGGAGAAGCCACAGGCCUGCCCCGAGCCUCCACCCUGCCCGUCACGCCCAAGAUCUACAGAGCUGAGGGGCCCAGCGUCCUGCAGAGCCCCCCACGGGGAGCCCACUUCCGGCCGUCUGGUGUUCCGUGCCCACCCUAGGGGACCCCCUCCUCCCCCAGGCCAUGACCCCUGGUGGCCCCUGCGGCCAGCUCUCCCACAGGCCCCCGGCGGACACGGCUGCUCACACCCCGUCCUUGCGGUCGGGGCCCAGCUGAGGCCAGUGGCCCUACCCACCUAGAGCCCCUCUACACCAUCCCUGGGGACCUGGAAUCCCGCCCAUUCCCCCACAGAGCCCUCCACCCCACCUGGGGCCAGAGAGCGACUCCCGCACCUCACCGGAGCCCCUGCCCAGCCGGAAGCCGCCUCCCUUUCCCCCGGACGGAACCUCCCCGGCCCCGAAGCGGCCACCCGGCCCCCGGCUCCGGCCGACUUCCCAGCGGGGCCGGGCCAUGUGCCUUCCCGACGACCUCCUCCAGUCCAGCCCGCUAGCCCAGCUGCCGCCGCUGCUGCUAGCAGGGGUGCCCAUAGCCACUGCCCUGCUGCUGCUGGCCCAGUGCCUGUACUGGCCGUGCCCACGGGGCCGACGCCGGGGCAGCCGGAGGGUCUCCGCGGAGCCGGCCGGCCCCUCCCUGCCCAGCCUGGAGGGCUUAGCGCCGGGCCCCUGCACCCCUGCCUCCCUCUCUGAGGCCGAGGCCUUCUACCGCGAGCUGGGCACCCCCACCGAAGGCCGCGUCCGUAUCGAGCGGCUGCUGCACAAGCUUCUGGUGUUCACGGGGAGAGAGGUGGGCCACCGCGGCGGCUGCCUCAUGCUCCCUGACAUGGGCAUCUCGCUAGUCGUCCCCCCAGGUGCGGUGGAGCCGGGGCGCAUGGAGCGCGUGUCCCUGGUGCUUGUGUGGGACCUGAGUGACGCUCCAGCCCUGACCAAGUCCCAGGCUUUGGUCAGCCCGGUGGUGUCCUGCGGCCCCCACGGCACCUCCUUCCGCCGGCCCUGCACGUUGACCUUCAAGCACUGUGCCCAGCUCCCCAGCCAGGCCCGGGCAUUCACCAGCGACACCGCCCUGCUGGAUCCCAAGGACUGGCAUCCCGUGGGCAGCAGCCAGGCCCGGACUACCCGCGACGAAUGCUGCAUCCAGCUCUCUCACUUCAGCCUCUACACUUGCGUCUUGGAGUCCCAGGCCCGGCACGACGCCCACAAGUGGCUCCAGCUUGCCAUCUUCUGCUCACCCUUGGCCUCCAGCCAGUCCCACCUGCAGCUGCGGGUCUACUUCCUGAACAACACACCCUGUGCCCUCCAGUGGGCGAUGACCAACGAGCGUCCACACGGGGGUUGCCUCCGGGGGCCCUGCCAACUCUUCGACUUCACCGGCGCCCGGGGAGACCAGUGCCUGGCACUCACCUACCUUUCGGACGGUUGGGAAAACGUGGACUCCGGCAGCUGCCAGCUGGUCCCUCACCUGCACAUCUGGCACGGGAAGUGUCCGUUCCGCUCCUUCUGCUUCCGCAAGAAAGCAGCCGGUGAGAAUGAGGACGGCUGCCCACCAACCAAUGAGAUUAUUGUCACAAUGCACACCUACCAGGAUGGUUUACAGACCAAAUAUGCAGAGAUCUUGAGGUUUCAAGCAUCAGAAGAGAAAUCCUGGACCCUUCCUUCUCCUGCCUUACAACCAGCACUCAGCAAUAGGUUGCCCCGGGAGCUGUUUGACCAGCUGCAGAUGCUCCUGGAGCCCAGCAGCGUCACGGGCAACGACUGGCGCAGGCUGGCGGCCCGCCUGGGCCUCUGUGGCAUGAAGAUCAGGUUCCUGUCUUGUCAGCGCAGCCCAGCGGCGGCGGUCCUGGAGCUGUUUGAGGAGCAGAACGGGAGUCUUCAGACCCUGCACCGCCUCAUGGUCUCCAUUGAGCGGCUGGACUGCGCCUCGGCCAUCCAGGACUUCCUGGACGGACAGCAGGAUGCCCUGCCACUGCCCCUCCCGGAAAGUCUGGCCCAGGAGAACGAGGGGCUGCAGCUGGAUGAGAAACUGUGAGCAGCGGGGGCUGGGCAAGCAUCCCUCCUGGGGACACCUGGCUGGACACCCGCAGUGGACGGCAAGACUGCUGCCCCAGGCUGGGUGAGGAGUCCCCACCCCUGGGGGCACCCGGCCAGAUACCCACAGUGGACACGACGACUGUUGCCCAACUGGGCAAGUAGACCUCACCCCUGGGGACACCUGGCUGGAAACCUGCAUUGGACGUGACGACUGCUGCCUGGCUGGGCCUGGCCUGAAGGCAGCCGGUUUGCAGAAGAGGCCGAGCUAUUCCUCUCCCAGCCCUGGAGGGCACCACUCUGCCCUCCACACCUCCCCCAGCUCACCAGAGGGGCUUUGCAGGUCCCUGGGCAUCUCCCACCCCCUGGCAGCUCCCCCCGCCCUCCAUGACGUUGCUCAAGGGGACUGUAUACUCUGCGGCUGAUCGCUGGGCAGCCCUCCCCACAGACACCCCCACCCCCAAGGUUUGGCAGCGUCAGGAGGGCAGGGGGAGGGUGCCCGAUCAUUGGGGAGGAAGGGAGAUGACUGUCUCUGGAGCUAAAGAAGGAGGGCAGAGACCCCUCCCCGCAGAUAAA